GUUCUCCGGCGGCCUCACAGCGGCCGGCCGCUCAUCGGAGAACUACAAUUCCCGGGAGGCCGCGCGGCGAACGGGGCGGGGAGGUGGGCGGGGCCUUUGCCUGCUGGGGUCUCCGCACGGAGCGCCGGCUGCAGAGGAAGAUGGCGUCGCGGAGGGUUGGGUCGUUUCCCGGUGGGCUCGCGGCGCUGCUGGUGCUUCUGUUCCUGCUUGGGCUCCGGCCCGCGGCGAGCCACGGCGGCAAGUACUCGCGGGAGAAGAACCAGCCCGAGCCGCCUCCUAAGCGCGAGUCCCAGGAGGAAUUCCGCAUGGAGAAGCUGAACCAGCUGUGGGAGAAGGCCCGGCGGCUCCAUCUUUCUCCCGUGAGGCUGGCUGAGCUCCACGCUGAUCUGAAGAUGCAGGAGAGGGACGAACUCGCCUGGAAGAAACUGAAGCUCGAGGGCCUGGACGAAGACGGGGAGAAGGAAGCGAGACUCAUACGCAACCUCAGUGUCAUCCUGGCCAAGUAUGGUCUGGACGGGAAGAAGGACACUCGGCAGGUGACCAGCAACUCUCUCAGUGACUCCCAGGAAGACGGGCUGGAUGACCCCAGGCUGGAAAAGUUGUGGCACAAGGCAAAGACCUCUGGGAAAUUCUCCAGCGAAGAACUGGACAAGCUCUGGCGGGAGUUCCUGCAUCACAAAGAGAAAGUUCACGAGUACAGCGUCCUGCUGGACACUCUGAGUAGGACUGAAGAAAUCCACGAGAACGUCAUCAGCCCUUCAGACCUGAGCGACAUCAAGGGCGACGUCCUGCACAGCAGGCACAUGGAGCUGAAGGAGAGGCUGCACAGCAUCAACCAGGGCCUGGACCGCCUGCGCAGGCUCAGCCACCAGGGCUACGACACCGAGGCCGAGUUCGAGGAGCCCAGGGUGAUUGACCUGUGGGACUUGGCGCAGUCCGCCAACCUCACCGAGAAGGAGCUGGAGGCACUCCGGGAGGAGCUCAAGCACUUCGAAGCCAAAAUCGAGAAGCACAACCACUACCAGAAGCAGCUAGAGAUCGCGCAUGAGAAGCUGAGGCACGCGGAGAGCGUGGGCGACGGCGAGCGUGUGAGCCGCAGCCGUGAGAAGCACGCCCUGCUGGAGGGACGGACCAAGGAGCUGGGCUACACGGUGAAGAAGCAUCUCCAGGACCUGUCCAGCAGGAUCUCCAGAGCUCGGCACAACGAACUGUGAAGGUGUCAGGAGCCUGGCCUAGCAGGGAGGAGGCCGGCGUGAGGGACCUGCGCUCCUGGCCGUGGCAUUCCCGUGGACAGCCCGCCGUGAGGGUGGCUGGGACUGGCACAGGUGUGGCUUGUUUCUGGUGACUGCAGCCGCUGCUGUCCCGACACAGGACUUGGUGGUGGUCGCGUCUGGGUCUGAGAUCGGCCUAGCUCUGACAGAGAGGGCUUGGCUUCCGCUCAGCAUCAGCGUGGCAGUCACCACCCCGGGGAGGGCCUCCAUGUCCACCCGCUGUGGGUCUGCCAGUCCUCUGCUAAAACAACACAGUUACAGAAAAAAAAUCUUACAUGUCUGCCGCUGGAAGUUCUAUGUACAGAGUCCUUAAAAAUUAUAGUGCAGUAUUUAAACCACC